AUGCCGCAAGUCGAAUUUCAGCCAUUGUCCCCCAAGAAGGAGCAACUAAGUAAAACCGACGUACAGACGAGCGGAACCGUCACGCAUCGCAUAGCCUGGACGCAUUGCGGAUCUCCAUUCAAUGCCAUGAACCCAGAAGAAAAGAGCAUUUCAUUUGACGUUUCCUCAACUUGGGACUCCCAACCUCUAGACCACAGGCCGGUCAGGAUCUCAAUCGGACGAGAGCAGAAUGGGACGCUGCCCAUCACGAUAACCGGACCGCUCUUCAACUCGCCCCCUGCACCCCCCGAACCCAAGGGUAAUGUUCCAGGCCUCUGGGACUAUGAAGUUGCGGAGAUCUUCUUCUUGGGUGACUUCGGGAAAUAUCUCGAGCUCGAAUUCGGCCCGCACGGGCAUUAUCUCGCUUUGCUACUCAACGGUCAGAGCAACUCGAUAAAACAAGGAAUGCCGUUACACUAUGAAGCCAUCAAAGACAAUAAGUCGUGGACGGGACGAGUUCAACUUCCUGUUUCCUAUCUCCCGCCAAAUGUUUCAAAAAUCAACGCCUAUGCCAUCCACGGCGAAGAUCCGAAUAGGGUUUACGAAGCACUCUAUCCGGUCCCGAUGAACGCACACGAAGGCCCCAAUUUUCACCGUCUCCAAUACUUCCGGAAUGUGGAUUUACGACCACUACUGACUUCUUGCAACACGGAACUCUCCGAAGUCUGGGAGGAUGCGAUGAAGACUCCGAGCGGAGCUUGCACUUGA